AUGAAACAAAUUACCAUGGCUACUCUCACCCCCACACCAAGAAUCACUCUAUCUCCCCCAAACCACCACGCCUCCAAAUCUCCAAACCCCAAAAACAAGGCUCCAUCCAUCGACUUUCUCACCGGUACCUGGCACGUCACACACUCCAGUCUACCCCUAUGGAAAGAUAAACGAAAUGUGAAAAUCACUUAUACACCUAUUCCCACCAACACCACCACCAACAACGCAGCAGGAGGUGAUCUCACUAAGUUGGACGAUCUGGUCCAAUAUCAAUCGCGGAACCCUUCAAACCCCAAAAUCCACACCGUCCAUGGUGUAGACACGCCCUCGCAAUCGAAUCCCGGUGCGUGGGAUUGGCGUGGGAAGGGGUGGUUGCUUAUUGCGUCGUCGAAUUGGGAGGUUUUAGGGUUUGGUUAUGAACCCAAGACUGGGACUGUGACUGAAGGCGAAGAGGAGCUGGGAAAUGCAUGGGUAGUUACUUAUUUUGCUAAGACGCUCUUUACGCCGGCGGGCAUUGAUGUUUAUUCAAGGGGUAAGGAGGGGGUUAGGGGGAUUUUUUGGAGGGGAUUAUGGGAGCUUUGCGGGAAUUAG